AUGAAUGUGGUAUUAAAGCAUUGCGAUCAGGACAGAGUGGUUAGUAAAUUGCUGCCUGGUCUGGGAGAGAUGAUUUUGUAUGGGGGUGAUGAGAAUCUGAUUUGGGAGGUCGGUGUUACAACGUUCCCUCUAAUUUUGAAGGACUAUCCGGAGAGUUUCUCGGCAGUGAUGGAGAGUUAUAGGUUUAUGUUGGUACAUGAGGAAAGUGCUAUUCGGGAAGGAUCGUUAAAGGGUUUAAGCACAAUAUUGGAGAACAACGUUACGGCAACAUUGGAUCAAUUUGUGAGUCUUUAUGAGUCUGUGGUUCUGGGCGGCAAGGCAAACAAUUGUCAUUUUGCGCGAUGUAGUAGCAAUAAAAUGUUCGCGCUUAUGUUCCAACACCUAUCGCUCAAUCAACGACAGAGCAUGCUGCCCACCUAUUUAUCUCAUGCCAGCGAUGAAAGUCCCCUGGUACGUAAGGCCUUCGCCUCCAGUCUCGCCCAGGUCGCUGACCACGCUAUCACUCAAGAACUCUUCGAGUCCAUCUACCCCGCCGCCAUCACUGGAUGGAAAGAUGAAUAUCUCGAACAGGUCCGAGUCGACUCGCUAUGCACUCUCAUGACUAUGGCCCGGAAAUUGUCGCCACCCAAGAUUGAGAAACACAUCAUCUCUACCCUUUCGCGAAUCACCACCGACGCUAGCUGGAGAAUACGACUAACCUUUCUGGACCAGGCCCAUAAGUUCAUGGCGGUCACAGGUCCGGAACUAAAUAAAAAGUAUGUCUGGCCGUGGAUUAUUGAACUACUAAGCGAUGGCGUGGUGGAAGUUUCAACUCGCGCAUUCCAAAUUAUCCAUCACUGUAUGAAGUACCUGGAUGCGGAGGUAUACCAGUCGUGUGUGGCAGAGAGUGUGGCUGAGUUCCUGAAGGACCCGGAGAGCAAGGAGGAGGACGCAGUGGCGGCAGUGGCAUUGAUUGUGGGGGAUUCGGCCGGGUCGAUGAAGUCUUCGGAGUUGGCGCGUUGCUCCGAAGUUCUAAUGGGGCAUUCGUCGAGUGUGGUGCGAACCAACUUGGUAUCACAGUUCCCGUUCAUUCUGGGUUUGCUGGACGAACCGGGUGCGGUCCAUUCGUUGGUGACUGCAGCGUCCAAAGACGUACAGUGGAGGGUACGAGCGGAAUUAGCGAAGCACUUGGGCGAGAUCAGUCAGGUCUUCAGCGCAGAUGAGUGCCUCAAGCUGCUGGUCACGGCCCUUUUAGACCUAUGCGACUUCGUUCGGAACGCCGUCGUGACCAACCUCCAUUCGAUUAUACAACACUCCUCAACGGUCACACUUGACCAUGUCAUCGGCUGCCUCUUCACCUUAUGGAAACUGAACCACGCUCCCCCAGACGGAGGCACCGCCAUUGCGAUACCAACCACAGACAUCCUUUACGAGGUCGUCAUGCGAUCCAAAAGAAACAUCACUUCGUAUAUUGUUACCAAAACGCUCAUCCGAGCAUUCGUCACGUGCCUCAUCAUAGACGACCGACCGAGCGAUAGAAUUCUGGAGGAUAUAAUCCUCCUGUCCACAGCGGAUUCCAUCCCAAAUAUUAGAAGGCUCGCCUGGAAGUCUCUGGAAAAACUCCACCAAGCAAAGCGGGUUGGCGGAGACGUUCUGGCCGCAAGGCUGGAACAGCAAUUACCGCGUGAAGGCGAUACUGACGUGCUCGAAACAAUGAAGGUUUUGAAGGCUACAAUUUAG